AUGACCUCCCUGUGUCAGUUUGGCAUUGCAUCAGCUGUCUCUACCAUAUAUCAUCCAGUUGCUUAUGCUAAAACUUUGAUUCAGAUUGGCUAUGAACCCCUGCCACCUUAUUUGACGAGCACAUUGCUUGGGAAUCCAACUUAUAUGUACCCAAAUGUUAUGAAAUAUAUUGGUCACAUAUAUAGGACAGAUGGCUUUUUUGGGUUGUACAGAGGACUUAGUUGUAGAUUAGUGAGUGGGAUUGUCGGCACUGUUGUCACCAACUCAGUACAAACUUCUAUAAUAGAGUCGUUAGAGGCAGCUGAUGAAUUAGAUGAGGAUAUCAAGGAAGAUGAAGUUAUGAUGCUGUUGAAGAGCACUUUCUAUGAAACCAUCUCAAGAUGUGCUGGGGUCUUGUGCAGUCAUCCAUUCUAUGUGAUUUAUGUUAGAUCAAUGGCACAGUUUGUGGGCAGAGAGACUAGAUUCUCAUCUUUCUUUGACUCGGUUAUUGAUAUUUCCAACAAUGAAGGCAUCAGCGGCUUCUUUGCUGGAUUAAUACCAAGGUUGGUGGGUGAGAUGUUCACAAUUUGGAUUGCUAACGUCUUAACAUACGCAAUGAACUCGAUCAUGAAUAAUAUUAGUAUAAAUUUGCAUUUUGAAAAUUAUUCCGUCAGUAAAAAUUCAUCACUUCUGCCAUAUUUAUUAGCUUCUAAUACCGAAAAAAGAUUAAUAGCGAGUCAGAUCACCUAUCCAUUCACUGUGGUGUCUGUUGUGAUGUCUGUCAAUAGCAGCAAAUUAGUAGCAGCAUCUCAGCCAAUAACAGCCUCCUACGACAACUGGAUAGUGUGUUGGAACCACCUAUCUAAAACUAACCAACUGAAACGUGGAUCGAGUUUCUUUUGGAGGAAAUAUUACGGCCGGCAGAUAGUGACGACGGGAGGAGUCAUGAUGCCGCCACUGGAUGUCAUGUAA